GUCAUAAGCGGUCAUAAAAAGCCUCUGCGGCAUCAGAGCGGAAGCACUUCACUGGUCCUCGAGGCCAAGAUCAACGCGAGCUAAACAGCAAGAUGGCUCACCGGCUGCUGGUACGCAGGAUUUGGACGUUCUCCACCAAAGAUAUCCGCUGCCUCCGAGCAUCCACCGCAGCCACCAUCUCCUCCUCCUCCUCUUCUCACUUCACCUCCUUACAAUCAGCCGCAUCCCGGGUCUCCUUCCUCGCCCCCUCUCGGUCUCUCCCUCGCUCCCUCCCUCACAGAGGAGUGUCCUUCAACGUUCAGGAUCACGAGGACUUCACAGACAGAGUCAUAAACAGCGAUCUGCCCGUGCUCGUUGACUUCCAUGCACAGUGGUGCGGUCCCUGUAAGAUCCUCGGGCCGAGGUUGGAGAAGGCCAUCGCGAAACAGAAAGGCCGCGUUGCCAUGGCAAAAGUCGACAUAGACGAUCACACAGACCUGGCCAUCGAAUAUGGGGUGUCUGCCGUUCCGACAGUAAUCGCCAUACGUGGAGGCGACGUCAUCGACCAUUUUGUGGGGAUCAAAGAUGACGAUGAGCUGGACUCAUUUGUCAGCAAGGUCAUUGGACAAUAAACCAGCCGUCCCCGCUCUGCCCGCUCAACGCCGCCAUGGUGCUUGUUUUCUAGGAUUCUGGCACGUGGGGCCGCCAUCUUUGAGCCUGUUCAGCAACAACCUCCAAAUAAACAACAAUCCCAGCUGGCAAACUGUCAAACGGCUCACGCCCAUCACACGGCUCACACCGCUUCAGAUCUACUCGAGCUGCUUCUGUCACGUCGUCUACUCCAGCUUCUUUCGCUUUUUUGUGAUGGGCGUGAGCCUCUGUCAACCUUUUAGCUCUCACGUCAUGCUCCCCGUGCAGCAGAUACGUUUUCUUUUCUUUCUUUUUUUUAAACAUAGCAGCUCCUUUGUUU